AUGGGUGUUGUGAUUGGAAAGGUAGUAUCAAGUCAGCAAGGUGCUUUUAUCAAAGGAAGGGGAAUACAUGAAAAGAUAGUUCUUGCAUCAGAAUUAAUUAAUGAAUUGAAUUUCAAAAGAAGAAGAGGAAAUGUUGGACUGAAGUUGGAUAUUACACAAGCUUAUGACUCUCUUAGCUGGUCAUUUCUGUUUGAAGCUUUAAGAUAUUUUGGUUUCUCUGAAAUUGGUAUUAAUUGGAUGAAGACAAUCUUUCAAUCUGCUAAAAUAUAUGUAUUAGUGAAUGGUGGACCUUGUGGCUUCUUUGAUCAAGUUUCUGGUCAAGUUGUGAGUAAGGCUAAAAGUAAGCUGUUUGUGGGAGGAGUAUUGGAAAAUAGAAAAAAAAUUAUAUUUGAGAAUAUGCAGAUGGAAAUAUCUGAAUUUCCAGAUAAAUACUUGGGGGUGAUUUUAAAUCCUGGAAGAGUGAAAAAAGAUCAAGUUUGGGGGAUAGUUGAAAUGUUACAAAAGUUGCUAGCAGGAUGGAUGGGUAAAAUAUUGGCAUUUUCUGACAGAUUAGUAUUGGUAAAAAGUGUAUUCUGUAGUAUCCCCAUUCACAAUAUGUCAGUUUACAGACGUCCAAGUGCAGUUGUGAAAGAAUGUGAAAGAAUAAUAAAGAACUUCUUAUGGUCAGGAGAUCCAACAGUGAAAAAACUUGUUACUAUAAAAUGGGAUGAAGUUUGUGCUCCAAUGGAAGAAGGAGGUUUAGGAAUAAGAAUAUUAGAAGUGGUUAAUAAGGCUCUGUUACUAAAGCUAUUGUGGAGGAUUGAAACUGAAGAUAAAGAGUGGACUAGAUUUAUGAAAGAGAAAUACAAAAAUAAGAAAGGAGAGUGGAGAGUGGAUCACAACUUAUAA